AAUUCCGGCUAUGCGCAGGGGACGGCGUCGUUGACGGGGUAACACCAGUGAUGACCAGCCUCUGGCAGCACAAAUCUGUUGCCCGGCGACCAGCGGCGGCACCUAAACUAAUCUAACCAUCUGCGAGCAGCCCGGCAGUAGUGAAUCCCCAAACACCCACAGCUGUUUGGGCCACCGGCUUGUGUCAGAUUUCUGUUUGUCCUGAUGCUCUGAGUUGGACCGGUGCCCUUUACUUCACUUGAACUCGUCGCUGGGAUUAAACUAGAAUAGGUGUCUCUUGCUAAAAGAGUUUUAGAAAUCAGAUGAUGGAUUUGUUCGGGUUGCUGCAUUUGGACGAGCUGUCGCAUGGACUGGCAAACUUGUCCAUGUUUCCAUACUUUGACAUGGCGCACUAUAUAGUGUCUGUCAUGUCUCUGAGGGAGCAGCCAGGAGCUCUUCAGGUGUCCAGAACCAGCCCCUUAGCCUGCUGGUUCAGUUCCAUGCUCUUCUGUUUCGGCGGAGCUGUUCUGUCAGGGAUCAUGCUGGCCGAGCCUCCUGUAGCACCUUUGUCCAACAGCACCAGCAUCCUGCUUGCUUCAAUUAUCUGGUAUCUAGUGUUCUACUGCCCCAUGGACCUUGUGUACUGUUGUGCUGCCCUGCUGCCUCUCAGGCUGGUGCUGUCAGGAAUGAAGGAAGUGACCAGGACAUGGAAGGUGCUCGGAGGGGUCACGCAGGCAUACGGCAAAUACAACGACAGCCUGCUGGUUAUGAUUGCCAUCGGCUGGGCAAGAGGUGCUGGAGGUGGUCUGAUUAGUAAUUUUGAGCAGCUUGUUCGAGGUGUAUGGAAACCAGAAACCAACGAGCUCCUCAAAAUGUCAUACCCCACCAAGAUCACCUUGAUAGGAGCGGUGCUGUUCACUCUGCAGCAGACCCACUACCUGCCUCUCCAGAAGCAGCACCUGAUGCUGAUCUACACCGUCUUUACCGUCGUCAACAAGUCAAGGAUGAUGCUGACAGGGUCAUCCACCUCACCCUUUGCUCCCAUCGAGUCGGCCAUCUACAAGACCCUCUUCUCUGGCUCCUCCCCUUACACCGCCCUCACCACUGAUGUUAAGGAAGGAAAUAUUGAUAACGGCACAACAAACCGGAUGACCUCUACCACAGCAACCAAAGAGUCCAGUAAGAAUGUGGCAGCAGGGAAAGGAAAAAGCAGAUCGCUCAAAGCCAAAGAGGAGUCAGAGAAUGCAGAGGCAACAAACUACAAGAAGACCGAAUAGUCAGCCUCCGCCCUUUAGCUCCUUUUUACCUCCAAGCAGGGUUGUGGAGUCAUUUCUGAUUCAGUUUUGUCAUGACAGGAGGUCACUUAAACGUUCUGCUUUGUUGUCUGUUAUUAAGAAAGACAGUUUUGUCCAACGGCUAAAAAUGUUUUUAUUCCAAACUGGGUUUUGCAUUUUUACAACGUAAUUUAAAAGACUGCUGAAACAGAAUUUUGAUAAGAGGUGACUCCAAACAACCCUGCACCUUAUUCUGGGAUAAUCACCCCAUCCUUAAUGUACUGUAUACGGUGUUAAUAUUUAUGCUGUUGGAUAUGAACAUCAUAGUAUCCUUGGGCUAAUUGCACACUUGCAGUACACUUGCGUGUAGCUUAAUUUUUAUUAUAUAUUUAUAUAGCGAACAAGAUGAUAAUUUUAUCUCUGGGUAUUGGGAACAGUGCUGUGCACCUGCUCAUCUAUGAAUGUCUUUAUCUUUUUCUUUCUGUGUAUAUUCUGCUUUAUGUAAAUGCUAUAUUUCCUACUCUGCAGCAGUUAAAACAUUUUUAAAAGAGAUUAUUUGCUACAAGUUUCAGAUAUUUUAUUCUAUUUAUAAAAAAUAAUUGCACUCUUGAAUGUAUAACGUUUUGAAAUGAAAAGCAAAUUUUUUAUUGUGUUCUGUUUCUUUGGUGAAUGCGUUGAAUUGCAAUCGAAAGCAUGACAAUAAACAUGUUUACAAGCAGUA